CAAGAAUAGACGUACAGAUGACAAAGAUCAUCAAAACAACUUCGACCACUGAAAAUUAAACAAGUAGUUCUUUAACUUAUUAUUAUUAUUAAGAAAUAUCAAAGUUUUAGUUGGUUUCUCUACAAAGAGCGCGAAAACUGUGAACUGAACAUUAUUUAAAAGGCAGGAUCCAAAAAAUUCAUCAUAAACUAGAAUAAGUUGAAAAAUUUUUGAACUCGAACAAAAGCACUGUUUUGUUGUGACAUAUAUUACUUUGGAUAAUGAUGAAUCUAUUGGGACGCCCGGACAUUGAAGCUGGCGAAGUUUUUGUUAAUUUCAAUCAAAAUGAUACAUCAUUGGCGGUUGCAACACGAUCGGGUUAUAGUUUAUACAGUCUUAGUUCAGUAGAUCUAACAUUGGAUAAAAUAUACAGUUGCCAUACGGACGAGAUAUUCCUUAUUGAACGCCUUUUUGAAAGUUCUUUGGUUGCGGUUGUCUCUCAGCGGUCACCACGAAAGCUUAAAGUAUGCCAUUUUAAGAAACAGAGUGAAAUUUGUAAUUAUUCAUACUCGAAUACCAUAUUGGCUGUUAAACUAAAUCGGGAACGUCUAAUUGUAUGCCUGGAAGAAAGUUUAUAUAUUCACAAUAUCCAGGAUAUGAAAGUAGUCCAUACGAUACGUGAUACUCCAUGCAAUCCAAAUGGUCUCUGCGCACUUUCUUCCUCAUCAGAGCACUGUUAUUUGGCCUAUCCGGGAAGCGUCACCUCAGGAGAAGUUCAAAUUUUUGACGCAAUAAAUUUACAUGCCAAGACCAUGAUACCUGCUCACGAUUCACCAUUGGCUGCAUUGGCAUUUAGCCCGUCUGGAACUGAGAUCGCUACAGCUAGCGAGCGUGGUACCGUAAUACGCGUCUUUUCAUCUCUUGAUGGCAGCAAGCUGUUCGAAAUGCGUCGUGGUCUCAAGCGUUGCGUCGCUAUUGCAUCGCUCUCAUUUAGUACAUGCGCAAAAUAUUUAGUGUCGAGUUCAAACACGGAAACAGUACAUAUAUUUCGUUUGGAUCGGUCAGCUGCCGAACAGACUGACUCAAAACAAACAUCGGAUGAUUGGAUGGGUUACUCCUUUUUUAGAUAUCUCAGCAAAACUGUGACCAGCUAUCUGCCCACUCAAGUAACGGAUGUAUUCAGCCAGGGUCGAGCAUUUACAUCGGUAACAUUACCGGAGGCUGGUGUUCGGCGUAUGUGUGCAAUCACAACAAUACAAAAACAACUAAGACUUUUGGUGGCUUCACAAGACGGAUACUUAUAUGUCUACUCUAUACCCUCUAUUGAGGGCGGUGAAUGUCAGCUUAUUAAGAAGCAUGAUAUACGCCUAGACGAUUCUUAUGCAAUGGACAUUAAAGUUGAUUCGCCACAACCGCUGGGAGGUGCAGGUGCUGGCACAGCUGUUACUGAAGUUAUAAGUGAAGAUGAGUCAUCUAAACAGAGUACAGCCAGUGGAGCCACUUAUGCUUCUGCAGUGAAAGGCGAUGAAAAGGUCGCACAGCCUUAGAUGUGUCACAGUUUUAAAGAUUCGCUAUUACCACCACAAACUUCACAAACUACCUAAGUCUGCAAAUGAAGUUUUCUGCAAACAGAA